CGGGGAAACCCUUCCAAACAACCCCUUCUGCAAACCCUUCUCCCUCUCUCGCGCUCUCGCUCGCUCGCCCUCGCUGCCUCUCUCUCUCUCUCUCUCUCUCUCUCUCUCUCGCUCUCGCUCGGUAGCUGGGGAGGUCGCAUCUGUGGCUCUCUUGCUCUGGCUGGGUCGCUCGCCUCUCUGCAUUGCCAUUGGGGCACUUUGGUUCAAUCUUUUGAGGCAGGCAGUGGGCAUCCCUUCAUACUCUAGAGACUAAGAGACUAGAGUGUCUUCGACGCCUCUCCCAUUUUGUAUCCUAAGGCAUCUUUCUCAUUUCAGUCCUCUCGUCUCGAUCUUGCAUGGACAUGGUCAGAAACCAUUCAUUGUGAUGUUCCUUUCAAGAGUUUUUGGAAGGACACUCCUUGCUGCAGCCAAGUCAGAAACUUCUGCCGCUGCCGCUGCCACUGCCGCUUCUUCUACUGCUAGGACAGGUUACAACCCUCUUGAAGAGUUUUUUGAGGCAGAUAGAAGCCCGGAUGAUGACAAACCAGUUGUAUAUGGACGAAGUUGGAAGGCUUCUGAGCUCCGUCUUAAAUCAUGGGACGAUCUCCAUAAGCUGUGGUAUGUUCUAUUGAAGGAAAAGAACAUGCUGAUGACUCAACGCCAGAUGCUUUAUGCACAGAACCUGAAGUUUUCUAAUCCAGAGCGUAUCCCCAAGGUGAGGAAAUCUAUGUGCCGGAUCAAACAAGUGCUUACUGAAAGAGCUAUUGUGGAACCGGAUUCAAGGAGGUCCGCCGAGAUGAAGAGGAUGAUAAAUGCUCUAUGAUCACUUACAAUUUUUGUCUCUUUGUUAAUUAGCCCUGACCAGGAUUUGAUGGUUGAGCGUGAUAAUGUCUUCUACUUUCUUCUUCUUGUCAAGGUGUAGGAUCUAAAUCUGUACACACUUGUGAUUUGGCCACAGGAAUGGAUUACUGUUGUGAACUUCGUUUAUAUUUUUGAGAGAUCAGUAGACCCGAGUGCUGGUGAGUGUUGAUUCGACUGAUAUAAUAAUGCCUAGGCAAGAAAUAAUGCUUCAUAGGAUUGGAAACGAUUGAAAGAACUUUUUUUGGGGGGGCGUGGAUGUAUUCCAUUUGUUUCAUCUUUUUUUUUUUCUUCUUUUUAAUAGCAUGUACCCUGUUUUGUUUUGAUCGA